AUGACAACAGAAGUAUACGCUUUAGGUCAACAUAUAUCUAUGUCUGCUCACAAAGCGCGAAGAGUUAUUGAUCAAAUUCGUGGGCGUUCCUACGAAGAAACACUUAUGAUAUUAGAACUCAUGCCUUAUCGAGCAUGUUAUCCCAUUUUUAAAUUAGUUUAUUCUGCAGCAGCAAAUGCGAGUAUCAAGAUGGGUUCGAAUGAAGCAAAUUUAGUCAUUAGUAAAGCUGAAGUAAAUCAAGGUACUAUCGUGAAGAGAUUAAAACCUCGAGCUCGAGGGCGUAGUUUUGCGAUACAAAAACCUACCUGCCAUAUAACUAUUGUAGUGAAAGAUAUAUCCUUAGGUGGAUAUAUAGAUACCGACUCUAUUACAUGGUCACAAAAACCUAAACGGAAAAAAAAGGAUACAACUAUGUCGUAUUAUGAUAUGUAUAGUAAUGGGGGAACAUGGGACAAAAAAUAA